AUGAACUGGCUGCGGGACCCGCCCCGUGUGUGUGGCGUGAAGAUGUGCUUGGCGCGGCUGCAGCUCGGCGGCAGCGACGCGCGGGAGGUCGAGGCUACCAGGCGAGGUGCCACACCUGCCCAUUCUCAUAGGGAGCAGGUGCUGCGCAACGUCGCGUUGCAUGUCUUCAACCUCCCCAUGGACCAGCUCAUGGACCUCUCGUUCAGGGCACUCAAUCGAAUGCAACGGAGGCAGGGGCGCCAGCUGGACCUUCGGACGGAGAUGAUCGAGGCGGAUGCGACCCCGUUGCGCGCCGAGGCAACCGAGUUCGUCCCGUCGGCGAGCUACUGGGAGCCCUUCGAGCCGUUCGCGCACACGCGCUGCACGGGCCUCGUCUGCACCUGCGGGACCACGGUGUUCUCCUCAGUCGCGGUCGCGGUGGUCGGCGGCCAGGUGAACGGAGCGGCGGCGGAAGGGAUCGCAGCCCAGAGGGCCCCUACGGGGGAUGACUGCCCUGCCGAGGGCGCCGCGGGCGCUGCCGCUGCAGAGGCGACGGGCGCCGACGUGAGGGCCCCUACGGGGGAUCACUGCCCUGCCGCAGGGGCCGCGGGAGCGUCGUUGGACGCGCAGGCCGCCGCGGCCGGCGAGGGCUGGCUCCCCGCGGGCGCCGCUGCCGGCGCGCUCGCGGCCGUAGGCUUGGCCAGCUCCCGCCGCUCGGCGAGGGAGGCCAAGAGGGCCACGAGGGUGCGCCGCGCUGCGGAGGACGAGGCGUACGGUGCCUCCCACACAUCCUUCUACACGGACGCCGUAGCGAAGGACAAGUACGACACGCUUGAGGAAGUGCUCGACGCGAAGCUGAAGGACGAGAAGCUGAAGGGCAUGGUCAACGAGCUGCUCGACUGCUGCGUCAAGAUCACGGAGGCGUUGAGGGUGAACCUCGUGACGGUCAACGACAGCUCCAACACCUUCGGCGACACGCAGCUCACCGUGGACGUGAUCGCGGACGACCUCCUCUGGGACUUGGCCAAGACCAGUAAGUUGGUGAACGAGGCGUCGUCGGAGGAGGAGCCCGAGAUCGUCAAGACCAACCCCGACGGCCAGUUCGUGUUGUGCUGGGACCCGCUGGACGGGAGCUCCAUCGUCGACAACAACUGGGCCGUCGGCACUAUCGUCGGCAUCUGGGACAAGUCCACCGGCCUGCUUGGCGCCACGGGCCGCGACCAGGUGAUGAGCCUCGUGGUGCUCUACGGUCCUCGCACCACCGCCUUCAUGACCCUCGACGACGGCGUGUACGAGUUCACCUGCGGCCCAGGAAACAAGUGGAUCUGCUCCCGCGAGAGGAUCCAGAUCAAGAAGGAUUGCAAGAUCUUCGCCCCCGCGAACCUCCGCGCCGCCCAGGAGGUGGAGGGCUACAGCAAGCUGGUCGACUACUACAUGAAGAACAAGUACACGCUCCGCUACUCUGGCGGCCUGGUGCCGGACGUCUGCCAGCAGUUCACCAAGACGCAGGGCGUGUUCACCAACCCGACCUCCAAAGCGUCGCCCGCGAAGCUGCGCCUGGCGUUCGAGGCCGCGCCUUUUGGCAGGCUGGUCGAGAUGGCAGGUGGCAAGACCUCGGACGGCGUGAGCGGCAACAGCGUGCUGGAUCUCAAGAUCGAGGCGGUGGACCAGCGCUGCGCGCUCGCCAUCGGCUCCGCCAACGAGGUCGACCGCUUCAACGACAUGGUCGUGAAGGCGGCCGUCCCCGCGUGA